AUGAAAAACCUCAAUUAUACAGGAGUCACCACACUUGUGACUAUUGUGCGAGAUGUCUCGUGCUCCCCGUGUUCUCCUGUGUCUCUGUCACUGAAUAGUCCUGACGCACCAGAACUGGUCAAAGUGGUGUUGUUGGGAGCCCCAGGAGUAGGAAAAACCUCAAUUAUACAGCAGUUCGUUUGGAACAACUUCGUGCAAGAGUACCUUCCCACUGGCUCACGGCACACCUACUACCCGACGGUUAUCAUCAACGGGCGUGUGUACGAACUGAAGAUCACGGACUUGCCAGCCCUACCCUACUUCCCGGUGAACUCCGUCUACGAGCUGACGGAUCUGCAGGACUACGGGUUGAGGGACGCCAGUGCCUACAUGAUGGUGCUGGACCUGUCCAACCUGGAGACCUUCCAGUACCUGGAGAACGUCCGGGAACAGAUCGCCGAGAGUCGCGAUAUCGAUGCAGUGCCUCUGUUAGUGGUCGGCAACAAGAUAGACCUGUUCGAUAACGAAGAUGACGAGUGCCUUGCGCAGCGGCGUGCGCUGAUGGACCGUAUCAAAGCCGUGUGGGGCUGUGGGUACGCGGAGUGCAGUGCCCGCUACAGCUCCUUGGUCUGCCAAGUCUUUCGGCAGAUGAUGCUAGCUGUGGACCAGCGGGAGAUGUCCUCGGCCACCCACGCUUGUCCCUCACUCCUCGCCAACUUCAAUGACGCCCUCGGUGGUUCCAAGUGCUCCAUAUUAUGAGAAUAGAACAAAAACAACCUUGGUGGAAUGUUACCUGAACUGAAGACUGAUGAAUGGUAUACUUAUUCAAAUUUGUUUCGCUGAAUAGCAUAUACAUUUUGCAGCAUCAUAAAAUACU